ACAAUAUGAAUAAUAAACAAACAAAUAAAUAAGGAGCAAGAGAUUAUUUUUUUAUGCCAAACAAAAAUAUCUGCGAAUCCGAUGAUAAAGGAUGCGUGGCUUACAGAAGCCCAAGAGGCCAUAAACUCUUUGGAAGACUUAGAGACCAAACUGAAUCUCAAUUUCAAUUCCAGUGAUGCUGAAUCCAUACUAGUGAACAUUGGAGUGAAGCUCGAUCGUCUUGAAUCUCUGCUCCUUAAUCCUCCCACUAGACCCAUCUUAACUAAUGAAGACCUGGAUUUCCGUUGGAAGAUGCUUUCAGACAUUCAGCUAAGAACCAGAACACUCGCUCGUUCUGUUUCUGCAUCAUUAACAUGCCCAAACAGGCCAAGCAAUGUUCCUGAUAUUGGUAGCAAUGAUAACACUGACCGUUAUAACCAAGAUUUGAUGAAAACCGUAUACUCCCAAGAUCAGAAAGAGUUGAUGAAACCUCUUCUUUAUGAUGAUGAAAACCGAAGUCAGGUAGAGAAUCUGUUUUUUGUGGCCUAACAGCAGAAUGAACUACUCAGUUUUAUGUCAAUGAUUUCACUAAGGAAAGCUUGCUCUACUUUCUUAUUGUUCUUGGGACUAGUUGCACUCCUAUUUCUUGUGGUUCUCCUCUGCACAACUAUGUAGCUUAUCACAUCCAUAUAUGAAGAAUCAUGAUAUGAUGGAUUUGUGCCAUUAAAUGUGUAUAUAUUCUGUAAAGGGUAUACAUUUUUAUGUCCAAUCUAUUUUUCAUCUUAAGGGGAGAAUCUUGUCUUGUGUUCAGCUAACUUGAAUGAAGAAAAACAUUAACUUUUCGUUAGUCGCUAUUGUAGCAUCCAAUUUUGAAGUAUUCAACUUUAUAACUAUUGUUGUAUACAUCAACAUUAGUCUCUUAUUGUAGCAUUGUU